GCCAAAAGUAUUCACUCAGUAAACAGAUUGGAAUAUUGGUUUUCACUAUGGACUCAGACAACAAUUUUAGCCAUGAAAGACUCCAUGAUGACAUGUUGUAUUCAGGAAAAGGAUGGAAUUCUUUGAGACCGAAGUCUACACUGAUUACCUACGGUUUGCUCCUUGUCUCUUACAUACUCAUCAUGGCCCUCUUCAUAAUUGUCAUAUCCAAAUCUACAUCUGGAACGUCUCACUCAGCCAGUAUUGUUGAUCUGAAUGAAUUGAGGAGUAAUGUUGCUGGACUUGCAUUAAAACUACAUAAGAUGGAAAAUGCAUCAAAAAAGGCGUCCUGUGAAAGCGGCUGGUCGACCAUCGGUAACAACUGCUACUACUUUUCCAGCACAAAAUCUAACUGGAUGAAAGCACGGGCUAUGUGUAUGAAGAAAAACAGUGAUCUGGUUGUAAUAAAUAAUAAGGAAGAGCAGGAUUUUAUUUCCGGAAGAACCAGUAGCAUGAGAUAUUGGAUCGGCCUGUCUGAUUUGGAUGAUGAAGGUGUAUGGACAUGGGUGGAUGGGACAGACUACGAGAAAUCAUUCAAGUUUUGGAAGAAAGGAGAACCAAAUGAUUAUAGCAGUAAUGAAGACUGCGCUCAUGUUUGGACCUCUGGAGAGUGGAAUGAUGUACAUUGUACCUAUGACCAGGCUUAUGCUGUUUGUGAGAUGAAACUAAGUUGAAAUUCUAUAUUAGGGUUUAGUUACUAAACAAUCCACGAGUAUAAAGAAUCCACAAGUAUAAAGAAUUCACGAGUAUAAAGAAAUUGGAUAUUUGUUUUACAAUCUAUACCUAACUAAAAAUAAAGAAAUGAAUUUAAAAAAAAA